UGGAGCCACCACCAGCACCACAUGAUGUUCUAGUUUUUGGAGUUUGGAAGGAUUAUUAUUGGAGUUGAAGUCAAGCAUAGAUGAUGGCAGUAAACUAACUUAUAAGUCGAAUGGGUUGUGAAAUAAAUGCUCAGUUUCAGUUGCAUUAAGAAAAUCACAAUAUGAACAUCUGGAAAGGAAAAGUUCUCUCGGAAGUACCAUUCGGACAUGUUUUGGUCAUUGCCGGUAAAAUCAAACCGAAUCCUAAUAAGAUUUGUCUGGACCUAACGGAUAACAUUAAAGAUUCUAAUGAGAGUGAAACGAUUUUCUUGAAAAUUGAAGCAAACUUCAAGGAAAAUCAAAUAAUUCGUAGUAUGUUCCAGCCAGGCGAGGGAUGGCAACAAGAAGAGAUUUCAAAGAAUUGGAAAAGUCAUGUUCCGAAGAAUCCUUUGAUUCCAGGACAAACCUUCAACUUCCGUGUGGCAGUUUUACAAAAAUGUUUCGAAAUCUAUGUCAACGAUAACCUCUAUGGCACCUUUGAAUAUCUGCAAUGUCCAAAGAAGAUAAACUAUGUGAUGGUUUAUGGUGACUUUGAAAAAAUUACACAAUUCCAUCAUCGUAUGCUUUUCCCUCUGGUAUUUCCACGGAAUCUAUUAUCCUGCGAGAAACUUGCCUUCCAAAGUGAUGUUCCAAAGAAAUAUGAAACAGGUACUGUAGUUGCUAUGGAGUGCAUAGCUCGCGGCCCUCGUUCUACCGAAUUUUCCAUUUGUUUCCAAUGCAACGAAACCAGUCGAGUAGUUUUUAAAUUUCAUGUAAAUUUCGAAACAAGGACAGUGGUUAGAUCCUUCCAACGAGAGGAUAACAGUUUUAAUGCUGCCGAUGAGGAAACUGACGGUGAUUUUCCAUUUGUUCGUGGAAAUUCAUUUAAAAUCGCCUUUGGCCAGGGCGAUAAGGCUUUUAUUGUUGCUGUGAAUGGAAAAUAUUUUACAUAUUUUAAUUUUCCAUUUAGAAAUUUUAGCAUCUCGACUGUGAAAUGUUUGUGCAGCUAUCCCGGAGAUUUUGCUGUUAAUAAACUUGAAUACCAUGAAGAUUCACCUCUGUUGAAGAGAGUUGAAAAGCUGUCGGCUAUUUAAAAUAAUAGUCAUUGUUAAAGUAUAAUAAAUAAAAAGUUUGUUGUUGAAAUACAAAUUUAAGAAAAAUAAAAAUAACUUUAAGUUAA